AUGACGUCCACUACUGAAGAAAUACAGAAGUAUGUUGGACAAAUUUUUAGUAAAGUUAAACAAGAAUUAGAAAGUCAAGGAUAUAGUGUCCAUGAAAUUCGUCUUGGCACCUACACAACAGGUGGCCGUGUAUCAAUGAGACCAUACCUCGUUGGAGAGUCUGAACCUGAACGAGAAAAACGUGCAAUUGUCUCAUAUAAUUACGAAGAUCCAGAUGAAAAAGUUACUGCCAUUCGACGACAGGAUUAUUGA